GGUAAGUUCUCUGGGUGAAAAGCAUGCUGCAGUUUGAAAGCCAGGCGCGUCCUCCCUUUGUAGAAACGCAAGGGCGUCCUCUCAAUAAAAGCUGCCCCUGUGUGUGUGUGUGUGUAUGUGUGCGCUGAGAGAAUGAAGUCGGCUGCUGAUGCUGCAAGCGGAGCGCUGUGAUCGGUGACUCUGCGCUCCGCACCCACGGGGAGAGAGGCAGCGUUGUGCCCCCUCGAUGACUCUGCGCUCGGUGGCCCGCCUGGCUCACAAUGAAUGGCUGCCUGUGGCUGUAGAGAGAGGCAGAGAGGGACGGGGAGAGAGAAGCCGCAUUCCUCCAUUGAGACUCGCUCUGAUCGCUUACUGCAAAGGGGACAGCGUGGUGCCUGUACAAGCACCAUGGCUCAGACGCUGCAGAUGGAGAUUCCUAACUUCGGCAACAACAUCCUGGAGUGCCUGAACGAGCAGCGGCUGCAGGGGCUGUACUGCGACGUGUCCGUGGUGGUCAAGGGCCACGCCUUCAAGGCUCACCGCGCCGUGCUGGCAGCCAGCAGCUCCUACUUCCGCGACCUCUUCAACAGCGGCAGCAAGAGCAGCGUGGUGGAGCUGCCGUCGGCCGUGCAGCCCCAGAGCUUCCAGCAGAUUCUGUCCUUCUGCUACACGGGGCGGCUCAGCAUGAACGUGGGGGAGCAGUUCCUGCUCAUGUACACCGCCGGCUUCCUGCAGAUCCAGCAGAUCAUGGAGAAGGGCACAGAGUUCUUCCUCAAGGUCAGCUCUCCGAGCUGUGACUCCCAGGGGCUCCACGCCGAGGAGACCGGCCCCUCCUCGGAGCCCCAGAGCCCCGUCACCCAGACCGUCCGCCCGCCGUCCUGCCACACCCCGCUCGCCCUGGCCUCCCGCGUCAAGACCGAGCAGCAGGACUGCCCCUCCGACUCUGUGGUGUGCACCCCCGUCGCCAAGCGGCUCUGGGAGGGGGGCAGCCGGGACUCUGGGGGGGCCUCCGGGGGGGGCACGAGGAAGGCGGCUCGGUUCUCUCAGGAAGCCAGCCGGGCGGGGGGCGGAGCCGGAGGAGGUCCGAUCAACAACAACAGCAGCAACAGCCAUGGCAGCGCGUCCGAGAGAACCAGCCCUGGCACAUCCAGCGCCUACACCAGCGACUCGCCAAACUCCUACCACGACGAGGACGAGGAGGAGGAGCCUGGAGAGGAGAGCACUGAGGAGCAGUACAGGCAGAUCUGCAACAUGUACACCAUGUACAGCAUGCUGAAUGUGGGGCCCGCAGCGGGCGAGCGGGUGGACGCCCUGCCUGAUCACAUGACCUCGGACACUCGGAGCAGGAUGCGGGUUCGACAGGACCUGGCCUCGCUGCCCGCCGAGCUCAUCACACAGAUUGGGAACCGCUGUCACCCCAAACUGUACGAGGAGGGGGACCCCGCGGAGAAGCUGGAGCUCGUCACGGGUACCAGCGUGUUCAUCACCCGCGCUCAGCUGAUGAACUGCCACGUGAGCGCAGGGACGCGACACAAAGUGCUGCUGAGGAGACUGCUGGCCUCCUUCUUCGACAGGAACACUCUGGCAAACAGCUGUGGCACAGGAAUCCGCUCCUCCACCAACGACCCGAGCAGGAAGCCGCUGGACAGCCGCGUGCUGCACGCCGUCAAGUUUUACUGUCAGAACUUCGCUCCGAGCUUCAAGGAGAGCGAGAUGAACGCGAUCGCGGCCGACAUGUGCACCAACGCCCGGCGCGUCGUCCGCAAGAGCUGGAUCCCCAAACUCAAGCUGCUGAUGGGCGAGGGGGAGCAGUACCCCAACUUCCUCCCCGACGCCGCCAAGAUGGAGGCCGAGGUGCUGGCGCAGGCGGAGCACGGGUUCGAAAGCAGCAGCAGCCACGACGCGGAGGCAGCUUCGGCAGGGGAGGGGCUGCAGUGAGGGAGGGAGGGAGGGAGGGAGAAGCGCUUAUUUUAUUAAGUGGUGAUGAUAAUGCACACUCCCUGCCCCCCCCACCCUCCCCCCCAACACACACACACACACGUCCGUACGUGCGUGAGUCACCUUCACUUCAUCUUCCCCCAGCACACACACACACUGCCCCCUAGUGAACUGGAGGAUCAGCCGAGACCAGCAGCAGCAGCAGUGUGUGUGUGUGUGUGAGUGUGAGUGUGAGUGAGGUGUUGGUUAAGAGAUGAAUCUGCCCUUUUCAAUGCAGCUCCCACUGUUCUUCCUGAACCGAAGGGGACCCCAGCCUGGUCUGGCCACGCUCCCUGACCCCCCGCGUGGCCGUGGGCUCUGCACCGCGCUGUGAGAAACACUUUAGAUUUUUGAAUGUAGUGGUUGUUAGGACUGGCUUGUAGAAGCAGCCUGAUAGUCGUGUUGAAAGGCAACACUAUUUUAAUAGCAGAGCUGCCUGGCUCUGCCCAUUCCUCUCCAUGUGGUCCUGGAAGCACACCUGAGCAAUUACACUUUAAUUACACUCCAAUUACAUUUCAAUUACGCUGCAGUAAAGACAAUUCGAAUUGCACUAAAAAUUAAGAAGCCGCUCCCCCACUCGGUGUGUUUUAAAUAACUCUCGAAAACACAAGAGUAACGAUGGAGCGACAGAUCAGUGUGGCGAUGGAUCAGCGGUGGAAUCAGAAUCACGCAGGUGUGCUGAGCUUCAGCUCCAGCGACAGUAGUGAAUUGCAGAGUCACGGCUGUAGCUGAGCCCAGGUGUGCUGCCUGUCUGUCUGUCUCUGUGUCUGUCUGCAUUGGCAGGGCUGGAUUGAUCUCUGUUGACGAGUU